AUGGGGGAUGGUCAGGAGAUCAAAUUAGGGCUAUUUGCUGAUGAUUUAAAAGGGUUUUUAAAGAACAACAAAUCUCUAAUAAAGCUCCUCGAACUUGUGUUGCUGUUUGGUAAAUGCUCUGGUCUCGUUAUAAACCAUGAUAAGUCGGAAAUAUUGUUACUUGGAAACUCUUUCCGCACGCCCCCAACCUUAAUCAUACUCCUUUCAAAGACCUAAAGAUAAAGAUUUCCGUAAAGAUUUUAGGGAACUUUUAUUUUCACGUAUGAUCCCCGUCUCAGACGAUCAUUGGUAGAAUUCAACUGGUCAAAACAUUUAUUAUCCCCACUUUCUUAUACCGUGCUAGCUUAAUUUGUAUGGAUAAGGAAUUUGUAAAUGAAGUAAACAAAAUUAUAUUUGACUUUAUCUGGAAAGGUGAAGACAAAGUGAAACGUCGUGUGCUCAUUGGGGACAUUGAAGAUGGAGGAUUGAAAGCUCCACACUUGGAUUCUAUUAUUAAAACUCAAAGAAUAUUAAGCUGUAAAAAGCUCGCAAGUGAAGACCUUAGUAGCUGGAAAAUUAUUCUUCUUCUGCACCUAACACCAGUAGGUGGCAAAUUUAUCCUUGGCUGCAACUUCGACGUAAAAAAGCUGCCUAUCAAGCUUCCGGGUUUUUAUGAGGAAUGUUUAAAGGAUUUUUUGCGAUGCUCCGCAGCAAACAAGGUUAGUCUAGACAAUAUUAAUGCAGUGGAUAUUUCAAAGAUCAUUCUGUGGAAUAAUUGUUAGAUCUUGAGGUGGCUGAACACAGUUUUGGCAGUUUGUGAGCAUAUGUCAUUUGCCAAAUAAUGGCAAGAGAAAGGUUGCAGCUCACAAGCUGAAACUUGGCAAGUGAAAAAUAAACUGAUGAAAGAUUUUGAUUGACAGGUAAAAUGUAAUGUUCUCGUAGUUUCCAUGGCAACAUGAACCAUUAAAUACAACCUUAAAAUUUCACUUUUGCUCAGUUAACAUAAAAUUCGCUCACUAAAUUUUCCUAUAAACUUGCACACAGCUUACUAUAAUAAUUAAUCAUUACCAUUAGAAACUUAUUUGACCAAAUUUUAACAGACCGGUUUUUAGAUAAUCAAUUAUAUAAUUGUAGGGUAAUUAUUAAAUGUGUCACAAAAUUCAUCUGUUCAACUUCCAUUUUUAAGUUCUCAUUAUUCAAAAUACGAUAAAAGUAAAAAUUCUGCCAAAUAUUGCAAAAUUUUAAUGAGUAGAUUUUAAGAAAUCAUCUUCUUUGUACCAUUGCUUUUCCCCGCCAUGUUUGUUUGUGUAAUUUAAAACACACGCCGUUAAGCGAGUUACCUGUGUAACUGUAAACUGUGUUCAGCCACCUUAAUUGGUGGUAAAACCAUUUUCAACAAAAGAUUAGUAGAUAAGGGAAUUGUAAGAAUAGGGGAUCUUAUUGCUGAAAACAAUGAAAUCAUAACGAGCAAGUUAAGGGAGUUAAAUUUAUCCCCAUUGGACGCAUUUCAACUUUUUUCAGUGUUCGACGCACUCCAAAGGACUGGUAUCAUGCAUUGA